UCUUCCAGGAAGAACCCGACCGACCUCGGCGGACUCAGCGGCGACGCCUGUCGGCGUGCGCGCGCCGCGUGCGUGCCCGCGGUCUCUCGUCGUCUCCAGAAGAUGCACCCCGGCGCCCCGCAUCUCCCUCUUCUUCUACCUGCUUCCUCCCCCUUCCCCCCCACUCCGCACCCCCACAGAUCACGCUCGCACCGCCACUGCUGUUCUCUUCUCUGAAGAAGCGUCGCAAAGCCCCGCCCCGGAGACCCCCCGUCGCCUGGUCAAGAUGGCUGAACAGCUGUAUACUGUGGCAUCGGAUAGUGAAACCACGGGGGAAGACAAAUCACAGCCAUCAUUUCCUGAUGUGGCUAUCGGCAUUGACAUUGGGACUUCCAAAUGCAGUGUUGCCGUUUGGAACGGCCACCAAGUUGAGCUCUUAAAAAACACCCGCAAUCAGAAAGGGAUGAGGUCAUAUGUCAUGUUCAAAGAUGACAAUCUUUCAGCAGGAGUUACUGGAGGAGCAGCUCAGGAAAAUGCACAUGAGGAAAGAGAUAUCUUGUCAGGAAGUGCCAUAUUCAACAUGAAACGCCUGAUUGGACGAAUGGACACGGAUGAAGUAGUUCAAGCAAGCAAGACCCUCCCUUUUCUUGUACAAACAUUGGGUAUUGGCGUGAGACCAUUUAUUGCAGCGCUGGUGAACAAUAUGUGGCGAUCUACAACCCCUGAAGAAGUUCUUGCCAUCUUUCUGCUUGAAUUGAAGGCCUUGGUAGAGAUGCAUCUUAAACAUCCGGUGAGGAAUGCUGUGCUUACCAUUCCAGUUGCAUUCAGUCGCUUUCAACAGACUAGGAUUGAGAGAGCUUGUGCAAUUGCUGGGCUGCAUGUGUUGAGGUUGAUGCCAGAGCCUACUGCUGUCGCACUUCUGUAUGCUCAGCAGCAGCAGCAGCUUAUGCACGACAACAUGGGAAGUGGCAUCGAGAAAAUUGCCCUGAUAUUUAACAUGGGUGCUGGGUACUGUGAUGUAGCUGUGGCCGCCACCGCUGGAGGUGUUUCUCAAAUAAGAGCAUUAUCAGGAUGCACUGUUGGUGGAGAGGAUAUCCUCCAGAAUAUAAUGCGCCAUGUUCUUCCCAAUUUUGACAUUUUAUAUGCUGGUCAGACAAUGGAUAGAAUAAGGUCGAUGGGUCUACUGCGAAUUGCAACUCAGGAUGCAAUUCACAGACUGGCUAACCAGGAGACUGUGGAGAUUAAUGUAGAUUUGGGGAAUGGCCAGAAAUUGUCCAAAGUGCUAGACCAUUCAGAGUUCGAACAAGUUAAUCGAGCGAUUUUUGAGAAGUGCGAGAACAUCAUCAACCAGUGCUUGCUUGAUGCAAAGUUAGUCCCAGAGGAUAUCAAUGAUGUCAUAUUGGUUGGAGGGUGUUCCAGGAUCCCCAGAAUCAGAAGCCUUGUCCUGGGCUUGUGCAAGAAGGAAAUCUCUUACAAGAACAUAGAUGCCCUAGAAGCUGCUGUUUCAGGUGCUGCGUUGGAAGGAGCCAUCGCUUCGGGAGUUACUGAUCCUUCAGGGACCUUGGAUCUUCUGACAAUUCAGGCGACCCCUAUGAACCUGGGAAUCCGCGUAGAUGGUGAUAACUUUGCAGCAAUUAUUCCCAGGAACACAACAGUUCCAGCAAGGAGGGACAUGCUGUUCACAACGACACACGACAACCAGACUGAAGCACUCAUCGCUGUGUAUGAAGGAGAAGGGGAACGUGCUGAAGACAACCAUCUGUUAGGGUACUUCAAGAUCACUGGCAUUCCACCAGCGCCCAAGGGAUCGGUUGAGAUCAGUGUGUGCAUGGACAUCGACGCUUCCAAUGUCCUCAGAGUGUUUGCAGGAGUCGUCAAGCCUCAAGGGCCAGCCAUUCCUCCCUUCAUCGAGGUGAGGAUGCCGACGCUGGAUGAUGGUCAUGGUUGGUGUGGGCAGGCUCUGGCAAAGAUGUAUGGCAAGAGACUCGACCUUGCUGUUCUCCCCAAGAUGCUGCAGCCUUGAGAUGCUUACCGUGGCCCCGUAAGUAGCUAGUGCGUUGUGUGUACUCUGGUUGCUCAAUGUUCACUGUCUCGUGGUCUCUCAUGGUCCCUGACCUUGGGCGACUACUGUUUGCGUUGCUGGGCGGUCUACAGAACGAAGCUAUCGGUGUCAUCCUUGUACAAUAAUGUGUCACCCCUACAUGUAGUCGAAUGAAUGUUGCGCGUGUUCCGAGUUUUCAGAGUU